ACAGUAACCUGUUACCCGAGCGUAGGUGGCAUUAUCAUGACGAAACAUGCACACUCCGUAGAACUCGACUACAUUGGAGUCGACCACUUCUAUACUACUUAUCGAUCAUACAACACAACGGAAGAAGAUGAGUUCUGUAUGAAGUUGCGCAAGAUUGGCGGCAAAUGGUGGCACAGUAUUCAAGAUCGCGAUGAUGCAAUAGACUCAGGAUUAAGGCCUGUGUACCCAGAUGAAAUCGAAGUUCUCUUCUUGGGCUGGCCAGCGGAUGGUGGCGUAUGGAUCUUACGACUUGAGAGUUGGUAUCAGGUAAAUUGGGUUCUUGGGCCGAUUUUCAAUGCUUUGAAUAUGGAGGAGAGAUGCAAGGCAAUUGAAUUAUGUGGCGGGACAUUCGUGCAGGACCCGGAGGACAAUGAG